AUGAUUUGGCUGACAGCGCUGACCAUAGUGAUAUCGGCAGUUGGGGCCGACUUGAAAGCCGAACCACAAAACCGUGCCAUGACGGCACGGCAAAGUUGGCCAUUGAAUCAUCACGGAUGGGACUGGGGUUGGGGUUGGGGCUGGGGCUGGGCCAUCGCGGUGUUUGUGCUGGCGAUCGUCAAGGGAUCGAUCUGGCUCGGCAUCGUCAUGAUUUGGGCGUUUUUCCGAGGCUUUCCCGCCAAGCACAGCCACUGUGAAACACCGAUCAUCCUGCGCGAACCGAUACCCUACUUCCACGAUCACCACCACGGCCACGAAGAGAUCAUUUGGGAUAAGCCGCCACACCGCCGGCGCUCCAUUCGUCAGGCGCCGGGAGAGGAGUCCGCGGAUCUGAUGGUAACGGACAUGCUGACCGAUCUGGCGUUCAGCUUUCUCGGCGUAGGUACGCGCGACUGCCGGAAGCGGUUCGUGUGUGAGGUGGACGUACGGGCCAGGGAUGACUUCCUGCUGAAGCUUGGUACACGAAUGCUCGGUGUGGACAUCUUCCGAAAGUACCGAUCGGCGGACGAUGUGGCCGCGCAGAGUAUCGAACAGUGUGCGCAGCUCUUUUCAAACUGUAAAACGAAAGGACCGUCGAUAUCGAUGAACGUAUUCGAUGGUCCGGAUCAGAGACCGUUCAAAGAUUACGACGAAGCUGUGCCCGUUCAGGAAGACCAGUGA